AUGCAGCCAGAAAAGUUGUCACAGGUUAGCAGAACCUCUUUCUCUGUAGCAGACAUCAUGGAUCCGUCUAAAUUCACUGGGUGUCCAAGCAGUACCCAUCCGAGCCAUGGUUCAGCUGCUGAGAGUGAUGCUGCAAGACAGACCACAGGUGGGGCAGCCAUUCCAGAAGGCCAUUCCAAGAGAGUAGAAUUCCCAAGUGGUCCAGCAGCCAGUAAAUGCUCCAUCACAGUGGACUCAGCGGAAAGGGAGACUAGCGAGUCUCACCCUGCAUCUAUGUGCCGUAGCCUGGAGAGGUCAAAGGGCAAGUCACGGCGGGUUCGGACAGCGUUCACCUUGGAUCAACUACACAUUCUAGAACAUAGUUUCCACAGCAGCCACUACCUAUCUGUGUUCGAGCGCUACGCCAUCGCCUUGAUGCUCUGUCUCACAGAGACUCAGGUUAAGAUCUGGUUCCAAAACCGACGCACCAAGUGGAAGAAAGAGUGUGAGGGGAAAGGGCUGCAUGAGCAGCAGCUCCAGUGUGGGGUCAGAUACCCCUAACCUCCUCCUGUCUAUCCUACAACCCUUCCACUGUACAACAAAAUGCAUUUUCACCAGGGACCACAGAUUCAAAUGUUCACGCCACCAACCUUCCUCACUCCACAAUACAACCAUCAUCAAUUUUAG